AUGGAGGAAGAACAGCGUCGUUUCUCGCAACUGUUCGAGGUUGCGGGUACCGCGUUUCCAUCGUCAGGGCAUGGUCAGCCCAUCCUGCCGAACGCAGCGCCGUUGGAUCACCAUCUAGGAGCAGCGCCAAUCCAGCAUCCGCCAUCGCUCUCGAUAGCGUCCCCGAACCAUCAUCCGCCAUCGCUCUCAAUGCCGUCUACAAGCCAGUAUCCGCCGCCGCAGUCGAACGCGCCUUAUAACGGUGAGCCCUCUAUGUUACAAUUAAUCCAGCUUAUGCAGCAGUUUAUGGCCAAGUUGGAGCAGCAGCAGCCGGUAUCACAACCGCAGAUUGCAGCUCAGCAUCAUCCGGUAUCAGAACCACAGAUGGCAUCAGAGCCACAGCAGCAGCAACAAGGGGGCCCAUCCAAUCCGGAACAAAUCCUUGACUCGUUGGCGAGAAACAUCACCGAAUUCCACUUCGAAGCCGACGUCGGUAUAACGUUCGAGAAGUGGCACUCGCGCUACGAAGAUUUGUUCAGCAGGGACGCUGCAAGGAUUGACGAUGCAGCGAAGGUGAGAUUGCUCUUGCGGAAGCUGGGCCCAUUGGAGCACGAAAGGUAUGUGAAUUAUAUCCUACCCCGUAAUCCGCGUGAUUUUACACUCGAGGCAACUGUAGAGCGGCUGAAAUCUUUAUUCGGGAAGUCGGAAUCGCUUUUAAGUAAGCGCCACAAAUGUAUGCAGCUUGUGAAGACCAAAUCAGAAGAUUUCCUCGAAUACGCAUGUCGCGUGAACCGGGCGUGUGAGGAUUUUAAAUUAGCCCGCUUGACCGAGGAGCAAUUUAAGUGCUUAAUUUUUGUAUGCGGUUUGAAAGAGGAAUGCGAUAAAGACUUUCGAGUCAAAAUACUAACUCGAAUUGAACGGCGGGCUGACAUAACAUUAGAGCAGAUAUCCGAAGAGUGUAACCGCAUUUCUAAUUUAAAGAAGGAAAAUGCGAUGAUCGGUGGGGGGACGGAAGAGCGUGUGCUGGUAGUAAAAAAUGGAGAGCGCAGCCAUGACAGUUUGAACGGGAAAGGAUCGCGCUCGCGUCGCGUGUAUCGCGAUGACCGGUCAAGGAGCGACAAGCCAAGUAACGCUUGUUGGCUAUGCGGUGGCAUGCAUUGGGUGAAGGAUUGUCCGAAAUCUAGUCAGAAAUGUCGAAAAUGCGGCGAAGCUGGUCAUGGAGAAGAUCGCUGCCGCAAGCAAAAGCCUCGUGCGGGUCGAAGAAGAUACCACCCAUCGCGUUUUACCAGAACCGUGCGAGUGUGCAGUGUACGAGCCAGUCGUAAAUUUGUACAAAUCUCCAUCAAUGGAGUGAGCAUCCGAUUGCAGUUAGACACUGGUUCAGAUAUUUCCAUCAUAGGGCAGACUGCAUGGGAAAAUUUAGGGAAGCCAUCAUUGGUGAAGCCAACUGUGAGUGCAAAAACCGCUUCUAACGAGAGACUGAAGCUGCUGGGCGAGUUCGAAGCAGAUAUCACAAUAUGCGAUACUACCAAACCGGCGAUCAUCCGCGUGGCCCAGGUGGACUUGCUUUUACUGGGAGCAGAUUUGGUAGAUCGUUUUGCUCUUGGUUCCGUUCCCAUGGACAAAUUUUGCGCCAAAAUAUCGACCAAUACGAAUAUUCCGAAAGCGUUGCAAGAUAGUUUUCCGGAAGUGUUUAGUGGAACAGGCCUUUGUAAGAAAGCGCGGAUCAAGCUGCAGCUUAAGGAAAAUUGCAGCCCAGUUUUCCGUCCAAGGCGACCGGUCUCUUACGCAAUGCAGCCUAUAGUUGAGGAAGAACUGGACCGGUUGGUAAAGAUGAAUGUCAUAACGCCUGUCGACUAUUCAGAUUGGGCGGCCCCGAUUGUAGUUGUACGCAAAAGUAGUGGCAAAAUUCGAAUAUGUGGAGACUAUUCGACCGGGUUAAACGAUGCGUUGCAACCGCAUGAAUACCCGCUGCCACUGCCAGAUGAUAUUUUUGCGAAGCUAGCACAUUGCGUAGUGUUUAGCAAGAUUGAUUUAUCGGAUGCAUUCUUGCAGGUCGAAAUUGAGGAGCGUUACAGACCCUUUUUGACGAUAAACACGCAUCGAGGUCUUUACUUGUACAAUCGUUUACCUCCCGGAAUAAAAAUAGCACCAGCCGCAUUUCAGCAAAUCAUGGAUGCGAUGCUUGCCGGGUUGCGCGACACGUCUGGUUAUAUGGACGAUGUUGUCAUCGGAGGCAAGACUGAAAAAGAUCACGAUGAUAACCUGCGCAAGGUGCUUCAGCGUAUUAAAGAAUUUGGAUUUACCAUCAAGGCCGAAAAAUGUGCAUUCAAGAUGCAUCAAAUCGAGUACCUCGGACACAUCAUUGACCGUGCAGGUCUCCGGCCAAAUCCAAAGAAGAUCGAAGCCAUUGUUAAGCUGCCUGCGCCGACUAAUGUGAAUGAAGUUCGCUCAUUUUUAGGCGCUAUCAACUACUACGGCAAAUUUGUUCCUAGGAUGCGGGAUUUGAGGUACCCCCUGGACAGAUUAUUAGUAAACGAAGGUCAAUUUGUUUGGACAGAGCAGUGCGAAAAAUCUUUUAACAAAUUCAAAGACAUACUAAAAUCGAACCUUCUGCUAACGCACUAUGACCCUAGAGCCGAAAUUGUAGUAGCAGCGGACGCCUCCUCCGUGGGACUUGGAGCCACCAUUAGCCAUAAAUUCGCGGAUGGAUCGAUAAAGGUGGUGCAGCACGCGUCCCGCGCCCUAACAAAAGCAGAAGAAUCUUACAGUCAAAUAGACCGCGAGGGACUGGCAAUCAUAUUUGCGGUAACACGGUUCCACAAAAUGCUGUUCGGCAGGCAUUUCCGCCUGCAAACCGACCAUAGGCCAUUGCUGCAGAUCUUUGGAUCAAAAAAGGGCAUUCCCGUAUAUACCGCUAAUCGAUUGCAACGGUUCGCGUUAACACUCCAGUUGUACGAUUUCGAGAUCGAGUACAUACCAACGGACAAAUUCGGGAAUGCAGAUCUAUUAUCGCGUCUCAUCAGCAAGCACGCAAAGCCGGAACCGGAGUACAUGAUCGCGAGUGUCCAGCUCGAAGAGGUUAGAAGUUGCAGCUGCUACGGAAAACGAUGCUUUACUGCGUGA